CAGGGAGGUAUGUGCUAUUAGCUCUAAAUCAUAAUAUAAGGAGUUAAAUAAAGCCCGACCCAACAAAAUCUGGCCCAAUUUGUAGCCCAAGCCCCAAAUAAAGCCUAUAAAUAUUCCGCAAAGAGAAAAAUUUUCUUCUUUCUUCAUUCGAUUUCAGGAAAUACGGGCAAUUGAAUAAUUGAUCAAUAUUUUUCUGGAUAAAUUCAUCGAUCAGGAAAAAGGUUUCGAUUCGAUGGAGACGAUUGAAUCCGGUACCCACCAAGUGUUUGUGAAAUUGCUCGACGGAAAGCACAAGAUUUUUAAUUUCACAGCCCCCUCAAUCUCCGUCGCCGCCCUCAAGCAGCGUAUUCAGACGAUAACCUCGGUCCCCUCCCACCUCCAGCUACUCCUAUCCAACGAUUCUAAGAUCAUCCAUGACGAUCAAACCCUAAAAUUGGACCAAACCCGCGCUCAUCUCGGACUUUCCGAAACCCUAGAUCCCAAUUUCAGUACCCAAUUUCCCGUGGUGGUGCAUCUGUUGCUGAGGCUUAGGGGUGGUAAAGGAGGGUUUGGAUCUCUGCUGAGAGGGGCGGCGACCAAGGCGGGGCAGAAGAAGACGAACAAUUUUGAUGCUUGUAGGGAUAUGAAUGGACGGAGGCUGAGACAUGUGAACGCAGAGAAGAAGCUGGAAGAGUGGAGAGCUGAGGCGGAAGAGAGGAACCUGGAGAAGAUGGCGGAUGCUUACAUUAAGAAGAAGACAAAGGAGUUGGUGAAGAGUGGUAAGAGUAAUGGUGGUUCUAGUGCUGAUAAAUAUGUGGCUAAGUAUAGGGAAGAUUCAGCUAAGUGUAUGGAGGAGGUCAAAAGAUCGGUCAUGGAGUCGGUUAAGGGGUUCAAAAGCUCGAAGAGGAAGAGUGGCGCAGAGGGAAAUGGAUCCGAUUCGAAGCGAUUGAAGAUAUGGUAUGGGAAGAGAAAGUUGGAUGAUAGUGACAGUGAGGAUUGUAGUGAUGAUGACGAACAAGAAGGAGAGGAUCAGAAAUCUGUUAUUAUAGAUACUGUGAGUCGUUCAGAUUCAAGCAAAGAAGCAGAGGGAAGUUCAGGGUCGGUUACUGGUGAGAAAGUUGAUCCCACAUCUCUCGAUCAAGGUUCGUCUGGUAGUGGCUCCGAGGGAGAAGAAAAUGUUGGUGAAGAAUCUUCUAGACCCGGUAAAAGUCUGGAAGUAUGUGGAAAUAGUGAUGAUGGCGCAGACGGAAGAAAAAAUAAUCCUUCUUUAGAGAUUCUUGAAGACAAAAUAGACCAUAAUGAAGUUGAUAUAAAGUUGGCUCUUGAAUCUGACUCUGGCAAAGUGGAAGAAACAGUCAAUAUUGCCACAGUCGAGCCAAUUCAAGAAGAAGCAGUGUCUGUGAAUGAGAAGGUUACGGACUUGGAUAAACCACUGAACUUUGAUGAGUAUCAUUCAGCAUCGGAAUUAGAGGUUCUGGGCAUGGAGCGAUUGAAAGUGGAACUUCAAGCCCGAGGAUUGAAAUGUGGUGGUACCUUACCAGAACGUGCAGCGAGACUCUUCCUGCUCAAAACCACGCCAUUGGAGAUGCUUUCAAAGAAGUUAUUCGCCAAGAAAUGAAAAGUAUAGUGUAUAUAUAUCUUAUCUUAAAUGUACCAAAUUUCAUUUCUGAAUUUAUGUUCUAGUAGAAAUGUACUUCCUCUUUCUCGUUAAGAUACUGUUGUAAGUUUUUGACAUGUUUCUCAAGUUGUAGGCAAAACAAAUUGGAUCCGUUUGUGUAAUUCGUACCAUUUCAAUCGAAUUGUAUUUGAUUGAUUAUUGUUUCUAUCUAUUUUGAAUGAAAAUAGUGCUCAAUUAUUUGUG